AUGAACGGUGCCGCCCAGAAGCUCAAGACCGCUGCUCCCACCCAGCAGGCUAUAGUUCUCGCAUAUCGUCAGCUCUAUCGACAGGGCCUGAAGGUGCUCAACUACUCUACCCCUGCACGGCAUGUGCUGCGUCGGAUCCUGCGGACGUCUUUCCGAUCAGCUUCCCGUGAUGAAUUCGACCCCAACCGGGUUGCAAAUACCUUACAAUUUCUCCAGCGCGCUGCAGACUCUAGGGGCUUGGAACACAAGAUCGUGAAGAAUCUGAUUAUGGUCAGAUACUGGGAGCAACCCCAGGUAAAGAAAGAUGCAAGAGUGUUCAAAAACCAAGAUGUGAACGAUAUCUUUCUUCGAAGAAGCUCUAACGCUCAUUUCAAUUCGACUCUAAUGCUUCUAAACGAGAGCUUAGGAACAUGUCUUCGAUAG